GCAGACUAUAUCUUUUCUUCUGUGUUGGUUAUAUUUACCUUGUUGCGGAAUAUACAUAGGCUACCGAAUAUUUGCGAUGCAUAGCAUAGGACAUUCUAUUUAUGCUGAAAAUGCUCUCAAUAUAAUAGUAUCAUGCUGACACGUCCUGUCCUACUUGAUCAUGGCAUGGUAAAAAGCUAGAAUUUUGAAUGUGUAAGAAAAAAUUCAAAUUCAUUCUCACCUUAUUUUGGAUUACCAAGCUCAAAAGAGCCUAAUUAGAUGGCCGCCUUUGCAUAUUUAAUAGCCCUUUUCUUUUAUAUAAAUAUAUAGUUCUCUUCACUGUUCUUUUUUUUUUUUUAUCAUGUCCUCCCCUGCCACAUUUAAGAAACUUCAAGCUUUCGAAGUCGGUAACGACUUUUCCAAAGUGACCAAGAUCGUCACUGUCAACUUGAACGAUAUGCUUAGUAAUAUUAAGCCCAACAGUGUCAUUGUAAAGAACUAUUAUGUCGGCAUCAAUGCCUCCGAUGUCAACUUUACCAAUGGCAAAUAUAUCCCUGGUAUCAAGCCUCCUUUUGAUGUUGGAUUUGAGGCCCUGGGUGAGAUUGUUGCUGUUGGAUCCAGUGUUUCCAAAGAUAAGAUUGGUUCAUUUGUCAUUUAUACCCAAUAUGGCGCAUUUGCUGAAUAUGUAGAAAUUUCUCAAAGAGCCAUCACACCUAUUCCUAAUGCUAAACCUGAACUUCUUGGUCUCUUAACUUCUGGUUUAACUGCUUCUAUUGCCUUGGAACAAACAGGCCGUAUGACAAAGGGUGAAACUGUUCUCGUCACUGCAGCUGCUGGCGGUGCUGGCCAAAUUGCUGUUCAAUUAGCCAAAUUAGCAGGUAACCAUGUCAUUGGUACUUGCUCUAGUGAUGACAAAGUAGCUAUGCUUAAGGAAAUGGGAUGUGACCGAGUGAUCAACUAUAAAAAAGAAGACUUUAAAUCUGUAAUGAAGAAAGAAUAUCCUCGAGGUAGCCUUGCUGUUCGUGGUCGCUUGAUUGUGAUUGGUACUAUUUCGACUUAUGCUGCUGAUGGUGGUAUGGCUGGUGAUAAUGUCAACACAUUAAAGCUUUUGGGUACUUCUCGAACAGUUGCUGGUUUCUUUAUGCCUGACUACAAAGAAUUCUUUGGUUCUCAUAUGGCCAAUAUGAUUAAGUUGGUUAAGGAUGGUAAACUCAAGGUGCUUAUUGAUAAUGGCGGUCUCAGCGGCAUUGAUAAAGCCUAUCAACGCGAGUUUAUUGAAUUUGCACUGAACAACCAAGUCUUGAAGUUUGGUUCUUUUGAACUCAAGUCUGGUCGUGUCUCUCCUUACUUUUUCAAUGCUGGUUUGUUUAACAGUGGUAAGACAUUAGGUGCCAUUGGUACUUUUUAUGCUGCUGCGUUAGAAGAUGCUGGUUUUGAAUACGAUGUUCUUUUUGGCCCUGCUUAUAAGGGUGUCCCUCUUGUGUGUGCUACUGUCUUGGCACUUGCAAACCAUCAUAACAAGGAUGCUCCUUACUCAUUCAACCGUAAAGAAAAGAAAGAUCAUGGUGAAGGUGGAAAUAUUGUCGGUACUCCUUUGAAUGGCAAGAUUGUUGUUGUGGAUGAUGUGAUUACUGCUGGUACUGCUAUCAAUGAAUCCAUUGAGAUCAUCAAACAAAACAAUGCUCAACUUGCUGGUGUUCUUGUUGCUGUUGAUCGUGCUGAAGUUGCUCCUGAUGGUUCUGGUAAGAGUGCUAUUCAAGCUGUUGAAGAAAAGAACAAGGUUCAAGUCCGUGCUAUUAUUACUAUGGAUCAUAUCAUGGAAUACAUGGAAGAAAAGGGCACUUAUGAAAACGAACUCAAGUUAAUGAAAGAAUACAAGGCACAAUAUGGCAUUAAGCAUUAAAUUGGAUUAUAUGGGUGUGAUAAAGAAAGAAAGAAAAAUAAAAUAAAAAUAUUCAAGCCACGA